GAGUGCCUUCGCAAGCUCGGGGAGGAGUCGAAUCUUACCCAGUUCCUGGGUGAUGGAACAAGCCAGAAGAUGGUAAAGGACAUGUGCAUCUUCCUCUACGAAGUCGGUGAUGAGCCGGGUGCAGCGGGCACAUGGUACCUGGAGAACGUCCCCACGGAAGUGCGCGGCCUGCUGAAGACUGCCUAUGGCGGCGGCUCCUUCACAGGCUUUUUGUUUCGCACGCUGCUGACAGUGGAGGACAACCUCCAAAACGUCGGCUUCGGCUCUGGGCUGGUCAAGAAAGCCAAUAAGGUCACCAGCAAGUAUGACCAGAAGGGUGUGAUGGCAUACGAGACGAAGGAUCUGGAGAAGAAGCUCCACUACAUUCGGCACUUCGUGGAGACCUACAAGGUAGACCUGGAAGGUGUGGAGGGCUUGCAAGGGUGCGGCAACGAGGAUGCCUGCAUUGCAAAGGCUGGCGAGAUCUUUCCGACCUACAACCACUUCUUCUAUCGGAAGCUCGCUCUGGGUAGUCGGAAGAUGCUAUGCUACAGCCAGGACGCAGGUGAGUGCCAGGAGAUCGACGAGAACGCUCGCGCCACGAAGAGCCUGGUUUCUCCGGCAGACGGACGUGUCAUCGUUUUCCCAGACUUCAUCCCCGAAAAGACAGGCUUCUGGGUCAAGGGCGAGCAGUUCCUGCUGCAGAGUUUGGUCAGUUUCAAGCGCGACAGCGACUACAGGUACUACGAUCACGGGGUCGCCUUCAUCGUGCGUUUGGCGCCUCAGGACUACCACCGCUUCCACUUCCCGGUAGAUGGGGUUGUCAAAAGCUUCGAGAACUACCCGGGCAACUACUACUCGGUCAACCCCAUCGCAGUGCAAUCCACGGACCCUGUCUUCACGACCAACAAGCGUAUGCACGUGACACUGGACACCGGCGAGGACAACCUCGGCUGUGUCACCUAUGUCUCCGUGGGAGCCACGAAUGUGGGCUCUGUGAUGCACACCUCUUACGUCGGGCAGGAAGUCCUUCGUGGCAUGGAGCACGGCUACAUGGCCUUCGGAGGCUCCACCGUCUUGGUCUUCGUGCGACGGGGCGUCCUAGACGUGGUGGAUCCGAUCAG